AUGCAGAAAACUUUGAAUUAUUCCACCUAUCUUCUUGCAAUAUUUCCACUUUUAAAGUUGGAGCUCGUUCUAGUCCGUCUAACUCUGCUUGAACCUAUUACUACGACAGCAGACCAACGACAUCAAGACCAACGACAACGACAGCCGACCACUCGACAACGCAGAACUCCAAGACAUCUUAAAGUAGCUACGGCAAAACCAGAAGCAGAUGCUACCAAAGACUAAGCCUCGAUCUCUACGAGUAUUAGAUAGUAUUUCGUUUGUUUUUAGUUUAUUUUUUUUGUCGUUC